UUGACACCCCAGCAGUGGGAAGGGCAGAUUGUUGCAGCUGUAGAGUUGAUAUCACUGAGCUCAGAUCCACGUUGUGGAUUAAAUACUUCCAGUAACCGCAGUCCUGAUAGUAGUGUGUAUCUGCUGCAGGUGUGUGGAUGGGGGGAAACAGCCCGAGUCACCUCUCUCGUGAGGAUGGUGAAGGUGGAGGAGUUACUUUUGUGAAGGGCAUUCGGCUGUCAGAUAAAGUGAUCCACCGGAUGAAACAGUCUGCAAAGGUCGUCGGUCCUCCGCGCUCACAGAAUGGACGUCCUACUCCACAAACACCAGAAACACUAACACCCACUCCGGUUCCCACCCCCUCUGUCGAACACUUAAUACCUCUUCUGACUCCUCCACCUCCUUCAUACAUCCCGCCUCCACCUCAGGAAGCUCCAUCCACACCAUCAGUGGAACCGGCACCUCCUGUGAAACUCGUUCCUCCUCCUCCUGUAAAGUUUCACUCCCUGCCUCCUUCCUCUGUGGAGCCUGCAGCCUCGCCAAAAGGUCCUCUUCUGACUGACCCUGUUGUCUCAGCCCCUCCUCCACCUCCAUCUACUACACCUUCUGCACAAGUUGAAGCACAUGUGGAGCUUGAAUCUCCCCCUCCUCUACCUGUAGUGGAGCCAGUUGUCCUACCUCCUGUUGAAUCCUUCAUCCCACUUCAUGUAGAGCCAGAAACCACGUCUACACCACCAAUAGCAGAACCUAUAGUCCUACCUCCACCUGCAAAAUUGUCUGUAACUCCACCUGAACCUUUAGCUAUCCCUCUGCCCUCUCAAACACCUGCUGCUGUAGCUCCCUCUCUUGAACCUGUUGUCCUGUCUGCGCCACCAGUGGAAACGGUUCAACCUUCACCCACUGUUGAAAUCACACCAAUAACACCACCCUUUCCUGCUGAUUCAGCUCCAGUUGAAGCUGUAGUUUUAACUCCGCAAGUGGCGACGACUCUUGUUGAGGCUACAGUCCCACCUGCUGCAGUGGAAAAAGAAGUGCCUUCAGUCCUGCUUCCUGCUGUCAAUCUACCGCCUCCAGAGCUGGUGGCAGCACCCUCUUCUCCCCCAGAAAUGAUGGCAGCACCCUCUCCUCCCCCAGAGCUGGUGGCAGUACCCUCUUCUCCCCCAGAAAUUGUGGCAGCACCCUCUCCUCCCCUAGAAAUGAUGGCAGCACCCUCUCCUCCCCUAGAAAUGGUGGCAGCACCCUCUCCUCCCCCAGAAAUGAUGGCAGCACCCUCUCCUCCCCCAGAAAUGAUGGCAGCACCCUCUUCUCCCCCAGAAAUUAUGGCAGCACCCUCUCCUCCCCCAGACAUGGUAGCAGCACCCUCUCCUCCACCGGAGCCGGUGGCAGCACCCUCUCCUCCACCGGAGCCGGUGGCAGCACCCUCUCCUCCUCCAGAGCCGGUGGCAGCACCCUCUCCUCCACCAGAGCCGGUGGCAGCACCCUCUCCUCCACCAGAGCCGGUGGCAGCACCCUCUCCUCCUCCAGAGCCGGUGGCAGCACCCCCUCCUCCACCAGAGCCGGUGGCAGCACCCCCUCCUCCUCCAGAGCCGGUGGCAGCACCCCCUCCUCCUCCAGAGUUCACUUUUGAAGAGCCCUCUCUGCCCUGUCACUGUGUGGAGCUGGCCAUCGUACCCUCUGAUGCACCUGUAAGCGAACCCUUCGUCGAGCCUCUUGCAACACCUCCACCUGCUCCAGCUCCACCUGCUGAGGAGCCCACCAUGACCCUCUCUCUGCCCCCUGCUGUUGAGGAUGAAGUUCCUGCUGUCGGCUCAGAGCCACCACCUGCAGAAGCCCCACCAGUUCCUCCUGAAGUGGAGGAGGAAGACUUGAGGCAGAAGAUCAAAGAGGAGAUUCAGCUGAGUCUGGAGGAGGAGAUCAACCAGAGGAGGCAGGAGCUGCAGCGACAGCUGGAGCAGAUGAGGGCUCUGGCUCAAGCCGAGGCCCAUGUAGCCGCUCAGGCUCAGGUACAGGAGCAGGUGAAAAAGACGCUGGAGGUGGAGAAGGCGGCGUACGUGGAGAACCUGACAGAAGCCAUCGCGAAGGAGAGAAUGAAGACCAACGAUGAGAGGCUCAUGGUGCAGCUUUAUCGGAUGGAGGUGAAGGCUCAUCAGCUGGAGGAGCGGGAGAAGGAGAUGAGGAAACGAAACGUUCUCUACCAGGAACAUGUCGCAAAACUUGAAACUAAGUGCACUGAGUUUUACAAAGUGACAGCUGAGAGCUUCCAGAAGGGCAAAGAAGAGACUCACAACCGCUUUGCGCGUUUUGAUAUCCAGCCAGUGUGCGGGGAUCUGCAGAGUCAGAUUUUAAAAUGCUACAAGGAGAACACAGGAAAGACUCUGUCGUGCUCGAGCAUCGCCUCGGCCUACAUGCAGUGUGUGGACAACGCAAAGAAGAAUAAAAUGAGCACUGGAGGUUAAUGUGGAUACUUGAUGAGGACGACGACGACAGCUUUACUGCGGCAGCAAAGAAAAGUUGAUGGAUGGAUUCAACAAACAGACGAGUCACAGGAGAAUCAACUCCAGCCUUUACACACAUCUGGAAUAAGUGGCAGUAUUCUGGUCCACUGUUAAUGCCAUAUGUUCAACCUCUCUGGUUCUUGGGAUCAUCUUAAAGCCAAUUGUGCCACAACAAUAACAGAUGGAUCAAACCAUUUUAAGCUCUUGUCUUUGAAAAUGAGUCAAAAUACAACAAAGGAGCAGAAAAGUUAAACUUGUGAAUUCAAGUGCGGUGUUUGUGUGAGGUAUAUGAAAUCAUGGUCAAUCAUUAUGUAUGUGUGCCUUGAAAUUAUGAAAGCUAAUUAUCAGUUUGCAGAUGCAUGAAAGAACUGUUCGAUGAUCAGAGUGUGAACUAACAAAGACCUGUACGCGUUUGAGGUUAAUGUGCUGUACAUAAAUUAUUUCAGGGUUUAUUUCUGCGGCAUGCACAAAAAAGUAAAUCACUCAAUAAACUUUGUUGUUGAAUCACA